UUAUGAAUGUCCUGUCUGUUUUACUUGGAACAGACUUUUUUUAAAAAAAUGUUAGAUUAAAUAAAUAAUUACAUAAAUGCUUGCAAUAAAAUAGUUUUAAAGUAUUUUUUUUAAUGACUUUUUGAUCAACUGAUGACAAUUAUUGGUUAAUAACUAUAUCGAUUUGACCAAAUCAGUAAAUUUUCACUCAAGAGGUUUAUAAAAUAUGUGACACCUCAAAUAAUUUUAUUUACAACUCACACAAAUUUAACGGAAAUGGAGUCAUUAUGAAAGUCUUAAUUAUACCAAUUUAAGUUGAAUUAGUAUAAAAUAAAACAAGUUUUUUUUUAAACAAAUUGUUUCUUAAGUAGUUUUAUUUGCAAUAAAUCUACUAUGACAUUAAAUGUGAUCAACGAAAAAGAAAAAACUUUUAAAGAUGAAAGUUUUAUUCCCAAAAGUCAGAAAAGAUUAAGGAGUGGUAGUUUUUAUGACGGGAAAACAUUUCAUGUGAAACGUAAAAAUUAUGUUGAGAAACGAUCCAAAAGGAAAAUAAAUAUUUGCGAUCUGAGUGAAGAAGUUUUAUUUGAAAUUCUUAUACACGUUACAGCUGAUGAACUUUUAUAUACUAGUGAAACAUGUUGGAAGCUAUAUGAAAUAUGUAAUUCUGAAUACCUCUGGAAGCAUCGUUGUAAGAAUGACUUCAAGCUUGAAACUAAAUGGGCCAAGUAUUCAUAUCGAUAUCUAUAUGAAAUGAUUUUUAAAUCUAAAGUUGUUUGCAACUACUUAACUCCUCUAAGUCAUUUGAAAUCACUGAUUGUAUGGUAUUUAAUUGACCCACAUGCUCCAUGUAAAAAUGCUGAGUGCUUAACAGUAAACAAUGCAAAAUUAAUAUGGGGAAUCACACAAAAAGAAUACAUCGACAAAACAAAUAUAAGCACUUACAGAGACAUUGUAAACAACACAUGUUCAUGGAGACGUUUACAUAAUGCGUUACUGGAAAAAUACGGUGGAAUUAUUCCAAUGCAAAAUUAUGUCCUUAGGCGGUGUCUACGUCUUCGCAAAACUUUAGAUAGAAGGUUUAAUUACUUUUUAAAUGAAUGUCAAAGGUUUCAUUGUUGUUACCGUACGUUGUAUCUCGGGGAUGGAAAUAUUGGAUGGAUACGAUGAACAUUUUGAAAAACACUUUUUUGUAUAAAUAUCUAUCAAGUUAAUUUCUAAAAUUUCAA